AAGUUGCAGUGUCGGUGGAGGGAGGAGAGGAGGAGGAGGGAGGAGAGGAGGAGGAGGAGGAGGAGGAGGAGGAGGAGGAGGAGGAGGAGGAGGAGGAGGAGGAGGAGGAGGAGGAGGAGGAUGAAGGGAAGGGCGAAGGUGAUCUUCCCAGUCACAAGUGGGGCUUGGGCGGCAUGGGUGGCGUGGGUGGUGUGGGUGGUGUGGGUGGUGUGGGGUGGUGUGGGUGUGGUGUGGGUGGUGUGGGUGGUAUAGGUGAUGGUAUGGUGUGGGGUGUGAGGAAGCAGCUGCAAACACGCAGCAGGGCGAGGGGUAAGGCGAGAGGAGGAGCGCCAAGGGAGGAUGAGGGGAGAAGGAGAAGGAGGAGGGGGAGAAGGAGGAGGAGGGGGAGAAGGAGAAGGAGGAGGGGGAGAAGGAGGAGGGGGGGAAGGAGGAGGAGGGGGAGAAGGAGAAGGAGGAGGGGGAGAAGGAGGAGGAGGGGGAGAAGGAGGAGAGAGGAGGAGGAGGAGGAGGAGGAGGAGGAGUGGGAGAAGGAGGAGGAGGGGGAGAAGGAGGAGGAGGAGGAGAAGGAGGAGAAGGAGGGGAUUGGUGGUGGUGCAAAGGGGGGCGGAGGAGAGAGUGGAGGAGGGGGUGGAGGAGGGGGUGGAGGAGAGAGUGGAGGAGAGGGUGGAGGAGAGGGUGGAGGAGGGGAAAUGGGGGAUGUGGAAGGGAGGUGUGCAGGGGUGGUUAGUGUGGUUGGAGAAGGGUGUGCGAAGGAGGGGGGAGUGAAGGAGGAAGGUAAUGAGGAAAGGGAGGAAGCGGAGGAGGGACGGAAAGAGGGAGAGAAGGAGGAAGGGAAGGAGGGAAGAAAGGAGGGAGGGAAGAAGGGAGGGAAGGAGGGAGGGAAGGAGGGAGGGAAGGAGGGAGGGAAGGAGGGAGGGAAGGAGGGAGGGAAGGAGGGAGGGUUGCAGGAGCAUGUGGGGGUGGGAAUUAGAAGUGAGGGUGGGGGGAUGGUAAAGGAAGGCAUGAGGCUUGAGCGGGACGAUGUGAGGGGAGUGUGGAGGCUUGGUGGUGGCGAGAAAGAGGCAAGAAAGAGUUUGGAUAGGCAAGUGGAAGGAGGCAAAGCCGGGGAGGAGAGGGGAGUGGUAGGAGGGGAGGGUGGUGGGGAGGGAGAGGGGUUUAAAGAUGAAGCGAGAGAGGAGGGGGUUGCUGGAGAGAAGGGAAGUCUAGGAGAGGAAGGAGGUGCAGGAACGGAGGAAGCUGUAGGAGAGGAGGGAGAAGGGGGGCGAAGGGGGGAACGAGGGGAAAUGAUUACAAGGGAUGAUUGGAAGAAAGGGGUAGAAGGGGAGGGAGGGGUGAGUGGGGGGGAGGAGGUUGGGAUGGAGGGGAGAGGAGAGGGGAAAGGGGAAGUGGGAGUGUUGGGGGAUGAGGAGGAGGAAGGAGAGAAGGAGGAAUUGGAGGGGGGAAAGGAGGGGGGAGAGGAAGGGGGAGGAGGGGCGAGAGAGGAGCGGAGAGAGGAAGGGGGGGGAGAGGCGAGAGAGGAGGGGAGAGAGAAGAGGAGAGAGGAGGGACGAGAGGAGGGGAGAGAGGAGGGGCUAGAGGAAGGGAGUGAGGUGAAAUAUGGAAAAGAGGAGGAGGAAUCCGAGAAGAUGGAAGGGAAUGAGGAAGGUGGAGAGGAAGAAAAUGUGGGGGUUAAGGAGGAAGAGAAUGAGGUGAUGAAAUUGGUGAGGGUUGAGGAGAGAAAAGAGGAGAGGAAAGAGGAGAUGGAAGAGGAGAGAAAAGUGGAAGGUGGAGAGAAAGAGAAAGUGUGGGAGAAAGAGGAAGAGAAAGAGGAGAGGAAAGGGGAGAGGAAAGGGGAGAGGAAAGGGGAGAGGAAAGGGGAGAGGAAAGGGGAGAGGAAAGGGGAGAGGAAAGGGGAGAGGAAAGGGGAGAGGAAAGGGGAGAGGAAAGGGGAGAGGAAAGGGGAGAGGAAAGGGGAGAGGAAAGGGGACAGGGAAGAAGAGAAGGAAGAGGAGGUGAAAGAGGAGAGGGAAGACGAGAGGAAAGAGGAGAGGAAAGAGGAGAGGAAAGAGGAACGGAAAGAGGAGAGGAAAGAGGAGAGGAAAGAGGAGAGGAAAGAGGAGACGAAAGAGAGGAAAGAGGAGAAGAAAGAAGAGAUGAAAGAGGAGAGCAAAGAAGAAAUUAAAGAGGAAGGAAAGAGGAAAGGGAAGCAGAGAGGGAAGAGGGAGAUGAAAGAGGUGAAAGGGUGGAGGAAAAAAGAGAGCAAAGAAGAGAGCAAAGAGGAGAGGAAAGAGGAGAGCAAAGAGGAGAGCAAAGAGGAGAGGAAAGAGGAGAGCAAAGAGGAGAGGAAAGAGGAGAGGAAAGGGAAGAAGGAAAGGGGAGAGGAAAGGGGAGAUGACAGAAGAGGGGAAAGGGGACAGGGAAGAAGAGAAGGAAGAGGAGGUGAAAGAGGAGAGGGAAGACGAGAGGAAAGAGGAGAGGAAAGAGGAGAGGAAGAGGAGAGGAAAGAGGAGAGGAAAGAGGAGAGGAAAGAGGAGAGGAAAGAGGAGAGGAAAGAGGAGAGGAAAGAGGAGAGGAAAGAGGAGACGAAUGAGAGGAAAGAGGAGAAGAAAGAAGAGAUGAAAGAGGAGAGGAAAGAAGAAAUUAAAGAGGAAAGGAAAGAAGAAAGGGAAGCAGAGAGGGAAGAGGAGAUGGAAGAGGUGAAAGGGUGGAGGAAAAAAGAGAGCAAAGAAGAGAGCAAAGAGGAGAGGAAAGAGGAGAGCAAAGAGGAGAGCAAAGAGGAGAGGAAAGAGGAGAGCAAAGAGGAGAGGAAAGAGGAGAGCAAGAGGAGAACAAAGAGGAGAGGAGAGAGGAGAGCAAAAUGGAGAGGAGAGAGGAGAGCAAAGAGGAGAGGAGAGAGGAGAGUGGGGUCGAAGAGGGGCAAUUACCUGCAGGCUGAGUGGAUGAAGAGGAGCAAGGAGCCGUUGGAUCCCAAGAAGCCGCUGCAAUCUGGGCCGUUCAGCAAAGUGCGCGGGAAGAAAGUCAAGGUGCCAGCACAGGACAACGACUAUGACUGCGGUUGUUUCAUCCUCUGCUACAUUCAGAAGUUUGCUCAGAUGGCUGCUGCUCUCCCACGCUCUGCUGAUGGCGUCGCAGAUAAGCUGAGCAACGACUGGUUCGAGGCGUGUGAAGCAUCCUCUCUGCGCCGACGGCUCUUCUCCAUCGUGGCCGGCAUGCUGCUGCCUCAACAUCCCCCGCCGCAACCCCUCUCACCCCCUUCUCAACCACUCUCAACCCCUUCUCAACCCAUCGCACCACCUUCUGAACCGAUCUCCCUUCCUUCACCUGCCUCGCCGGCCCUGCCCAUCUCUCUGCCUCCACCUGCCUCCGUUCCGUCUCCUGCUCUUCCACCUGCUAUUUGUGCCGUUGCGGCUAGUGCACUGAAACCCACCACAGCAGCAGCGGCACGAGCAGCAACAGCCGCAGCAGCGGAAGCAGCAGCAGCUGGAGCAACAGCAGCAGCAGCAGCAGCAGCAGAAGAAGAACAAGAAGCAACAGCGGCUGGAACAGCAGAGAAAGAAGCAGAAGCAGAGCAAACAGCAACAGCAACAGCAGCAAAAGAAUCAUCAGCGGGAGCAGCAGGGAAGGAAGCAGCAGCAGCAGGUGCAGCCAUCAAGGCGAAGAGGGGCAGAGGCAGACCGCGCAAGCAAGUGGAGGAGGACACAGUCAGCCCCGUUGAUGCACUUUUUGCUGAUGUGUGCACUAUUGAGUCUACUCAAAAGGUGACUGUUGAGUCAACUCAAAAGCAAGUGGAGGAGGACGCAGUUAGCCCUGCUGAUGCACAUUCCGCUGAUGUGGGUACAGCUGGUGCAGGUGUUACUGCCGCAUCUGAUGCUGAUGAUGCUGGUGCCAACUGGAUGGCUCGUCCAGAGUCCAUACAAGAAGCAGAUGUGGGUGCAGCUGGUGAAGGUACAGCUGGUGAAGUGGCUGGGGCCACUGGCGGUACAGUUGGGCUGGAUGCUGCGUGCAGAGAGCAGUAUGCUGCUCGCAUGGCAGGGAAUAUGGAGCAAGUUGACACCCAAGGUGACAAUCAAGGCGACACCCAAUUUGACACCCGAAAUGGCACCAGAGGUGGCACUGAAGGCGACACCCAAGGCGGCAGCAGAGAGAGCGGUGAAGCGCUGGUGGUGUUUGGCAAGGAGCCGUGGCCUGCUUGGCCCUGGCGUGCUUCUGAGCCCGUGGGUCACACUAGGCUCUCGUCCCUCUGGCCAUGGCGUGCCUCUGAGCUUUCUACAUGCCACGGGACUCACUCCCUGCUGCGCUGGCCUGUCAUGUCUGUAGAUUCUGGUGGUGGUGCCUGUGAUGGUGCUGCUGCUAGUGGUGGAGGUGCUUAUGUUUGUGCUGCUGGUGGUGAUGGUGACUAUGAUGGUCGUGCUUUUGCGCCGCCGGAUGUGCAAGAAUCGGCGCCAGUGCUGGUUGCAGUCGUUUGGCAACCGGUGGACGACACGAGUCAACAUCCACAUGAAAGGAGUGCUGGCGGGGAGGGUGUUACACAACCUUUCAGGAGCGUCAAAGGUCAACAUCCACAUGAAAAGAGUGCAGGCGGGGAGAGUGUGACACAGCCAGGUGUAGGGAGGGAUGCUGAUGGGUUGGCAGGAGUUGCGGUGGAGGGGAAAGAGCGAGAUGGAGCGGAAGGGGCUGAGAUAGCUGGCGCGGAAAGGGAUGGGACAGAAGCGGUAAAGGAGGGGGAGGAAGAAGAGUUGGUGAGGGGAAGAGCACGAGGGGGGACGAAGCGGAAGCGAGUGAAACGCAGUGCUGGGUGGAGUGGGAGGAAGAGGGUUAGGAGGGCGGUGAAGGGGCCUGAGGGUGAUGGGAAGAGGAAGCAGGCUGAGGAGGAGGAGAGGAGAGAGGACGAGGGGGAGGAAAGGAGAGAGGAGGAUGGAGAGGAGAGGAGGAGAGAGGAGGAGAGGGGAAUGAAAGUGCGUGUGGUAGGAGGUAUGGGAGAGGGAGAGGAGGGAGAGGAGGGAGGGGAGGGAGGAGAGCGGAGGGAGAGGGACAGGGAUGGGAGGGGAAGGUGGGUGCUGAUAAGGCUUGCAGCAUCGGAAGAGGUGAUUCGAGUGGGGAGGGGGGGUAGAGGACGAGGACAGAGAGGUGGAUAUUGGUGGGAUGGGGAUGAAGAUGAGGAGGGGCUGGGAGGGGCUGGGAGCGAGGGAGAGGAGGGGCAUGGAGUGGGUGUAGAGAGAUGCUCGGAACCGGACCAGCUGCUCAGCUUCGGCUCUGGCGAAGCUGAGUUGGAUCGGCUGGUGAAGUUUGGGUUUCCGAGAGCGCCACAGGGACAGCAACGGCGGCUGGCGGGAUUUGCUGAUCUGUUGAAGUGGAAUGGAGGGAGCGGUGGUGCGGAGGCGAUGGAGGAAGGUAGAGGGGUUAGGUGCGGUGCGGAGGAGGGGGUGUGGCGGCAGUGGGUUGAGAGGUGGAAGGAGGGGAGAGGGGAUGGGAGCAGCAGAGCGGGGGAGAGGAUGGUUGGGACGAGGGUGGGAGGAGAAGGGAUGGGAGGAGAAGAGGUGGGGGGAGAGCGGGUGGGAGGAGACGAGGCAGAAGGAGCAGAGACAGGAGGGGUAGAGGCAGGAGGGGUAGAGGCAGGAGGGAGGGUAGAGGCAGGAGGGGUAGAGGCAGGAGGGGUAGAGGCAGGAGGGGUAGAGGCAGGAGGGGUAGAGGCAGGAGGGGUAGAGGCAGGAGGGGUAGAGGCAGGAGGGGUAGAGGCAGGAGGGGUAGAGGCAGGAGGGGUAGAGGCAGGAGGGGUAGAGGCAGGAGGGGUAGAGGCAGGAGGGGUAGAGGCAGGAGGGGUAGAGGCAGGCAGAGUAGCGGUGAGAGUUGCGAGGAGAGAUUCUGAACUGGUUGAUCGACUGACAGUGACAGAAGGAGAGGGGAGAUUUACAAAGAAGGGAGGGGAGGAGGUGGAACAGGAGGAGGGUGAUGAUAUGAAGAGUGAAGAGGAAGGAAGUAGUGAGGACAGGAGUAAGAUGGAAGAUGAGGGUUUCAUGGAGGGGGGUGAAAUAUCUCCUGGUUGGAAAAGGGAGGCUGAAAUCAAUCCUGUGAAGGAGCAAGGCUGUGAAGGCAGGCUUGAGGGUGGGCGUGGGGAUGGGGAUGGGGAUGGGGGUGGGCAUAUGAUUGGCUACGAGAUUGGGUAUGGUAUUGGGCGGAGAGGAGGCGGAAGAGGUGGAGAGGAGGGGGGAAGAGGUGGAGCGGAAGGGGGAAGAGGUGGAGCGGAAGGGGGAAGAGGUGGAGCGGAAGGGGGAAGAGGUGGAGCGGAAGGGGGAAGAGGUGGAGCGGAAGGGGGAAGAGGUGGAGCGGAAGGGGAAGAGGUGGAGCGGAAGGGGGAAGAGGUGGAGCGGAAGGGGGAAGAGGUGGAGCGGAAGGGGGAAGAGGUGGAGCGGAAGGGGGAAGAGGUGGAGCGGAAGGGGGAAGAGGUGGAGCGGAAGGGGGAAGAGGUGGAGAGGGGAGGGAGCGGGAUAGAUAACCGGGCUUCACAUGGGCGUGAGAUGGAGGGGAGAGAGAGAGAAGAGGUGGAGAAGCAAGAUGGGGAGGGGGAGUCAGAAGAGGGUAACAGGAAGGAAGAAGAGCAGGAGAAGGAAGCCGAGGAGAGUAAGAAAGUAUGUUUUUUGAGAAUUCUCAAAAAACAUACGCUAGAAGAGCAGGAGAAGGAAGCCGAGGAGAGAAAGAAGCCAGCAGAGCUGGGGAAGGAAGCUGAGGAGAGUAAGAAGCCAGCAGAGCUGGGGAAGGAGGCAGACAAGAGCAAGGGAGGUGAGGAGAGGAGGGUGGAUGUUCGUGAGGGCGAGGAAGAGAAGGAUGAGAGAGUAGAGGCUAGGGAAGAGGAGAGAGAUGAAAGGGGAGAGGCAAGGGAAGAGGAGAAGGAUGAGAGAGUAGAGGCUAGGGAAGAGGAGCAAGAUGAGGAAGGAAGAGACGAAGAGGGGAGAGCUGCUGGUGGUGACAGGGACGGGGCUAGAGAGAGCAAGGAGUUGAAUGAAGAGGGUGAGGAGGGCAAGGGGGUGGGUGAAGGGGGUGAGGAGGGCAAGGGGGUGGGUGAAGGGGGUGAGGAGGGCAAGGAGUUGGGUGAAGGGGGUGAGGAGGGCAAGGCGACGAACCCAGAAGGUGAGGAGGGAAUGGAGUUGAAUGAAGGGGGUGGGGGGGCCAAGGAGGUGAAUGACACGGGUGAGGAGAAAAGGGAGGUGAAUCUGGAAAGUGGGGAUGUGAAUGAAGGGGGUGAGGAUGGCAAGAUUAAGAAUGAAGGGGAUGAGGAGGCGAAAGAAAUUAACAUGGUGGAUAUAGCGGGUGAGGAGGGAAAGGAUUUUAAUGAAGGGGGUCGGGGGGGCAAGGAGGUGAAUGAAAUGAGCAUGGUGGAUAUAACAAAGAGGUCGAUUGGGGAGGGAGAGUGGAGAAGGAAGAAGAAGGUGAGGGGGGAAAAGGAGAAGAAAUGCAUGUUGUGGGGAAGCAGAGGGGAAGCAGAGGGGGAAGCAGAGGGGGAAGCAGAGGGGGAAGCAGAGGGGGAAGCAGAGGGGGAAGCAGAGGGGGAAGCAGAGGUGGAAGCAGCGGAGAGAGCAGCGGAGGAAGCAGCGGCGGAGAGAGCAGCGGAGGAAGCAGUGGAGGAAGCCGUGGAGGAAGCAGCGGAGGAAGCAGCAGAGGAAGCAGCGGAGAAAGCAGCGGAGGAAGCAGUGGAGGAAGCCGUGGAGGAAGCAGCAGAGGAAGCAGCGGAGGAAGCAGUGGAGGAAGCAGUGGAGGAAGCAGUGGAUGAAGCAGUGGAGGAAGCAGCGGAGGAAGCAACGGAGGAAGCAGUGGAGGAAGCAGUGGAGGAAGCAGUGGAGGAAGCAGUGGAGGAAGCAGUGGAGGAAGCAGUGGAGGAAGCAGUGGAGGAAGCAGUGGAGGAAGCAGCGGAGGAAGCAGCAGAGGAAGCAACGGAGGAAGCAGUGGAGGAAGCAGUGGAGGAAGCAAUGGAGGAAGCAGUGGAGGAAGCAGUGGAGGAAGCAGCGGAGGAAGCAGCGGAGGAAGCAGCGGAGGAAGCAGCGGAGGAAGCCGUGGAGGAAGCAGCAGAGGAAGCAGCGGAGGAAGCAGUGGAGGAAGCAGUGGAGGAAGCAGUGGAGGAAGCAGUGGAGGAAGCAGCGGAGGAAGCAGUGGAGGAAGCCGUGGAGGAAGCAGUGGAGGAAGCAGCGGAGGAAGCAGCGGAGGAAGCAGCGGAGGAAGCAGCGGAGGAAGCAGCGGAGGAAGCAGCGGAGGAAGCAGCGGAGGAAGCAGUGGGGGAAGCAUCCGCCUGCUGCCUUGGCCUUGGAACACCGCUCUCCCCUUCCUCUGCCCCUGUUGGUCCCUCCUUCUUCCCGCCCUCUGCCCCUGUCUGCCCCUUCUUCCCGCCCUCUGCCCCUGUCUGCCCCUUCUUCCCGCCCUCUGCCCCUGUCUGCCCCUUCUCCCCGCCCUCGCCUCCUGGUGCUCCCCUCACUCGUUUCUCUGCCACUGCCUCCUCGCCUCCUCCUCCUUCUCCCUCUCCUCCUGUGCCCACUCCAUCAAUCGCUGCUCUAACGGAAAGACACACUGUGACUGAAGACGGGGUGACAGCAGUGAAGUCCGAACCUGUCCCUUCUGCCCCUCACUCUCCUGCUCUGCUGCCCACUCCAUCAACCGCAACCGCUGCUGCUCCAAAGGAGGACAGUCACACUGUGACUGAAGAACGGGUGACAGCAGCGAAGGUCGAGCCACCUGCUGUGACUGCAGGCAUUGAACCUGCCUCUGUGACUAUAAGGGAUGAGAAGGACGAGCCUGCUGGUGUGGCUGCAGUCCUUGAACCCUCUGCUGUGACUGUAAAGAGAGAGAUCUCCGAGCCUGCCACUCUGACUGCUGACCGUGACCCCAUCAAUGUGACUGUAGAGGGUGAAAAGGAUGAGCUGCCUGCUGUGACUGUACAGAGUGUGAUGGAUGAGGACAAUGAGAAGGAUGGAAAGGAUGAGAGGGAUGAACCUCCCGCGAUGACUGCAGGCCUUGAACCGGGCGCUGUGACUGUAAGCGAUGAGCUGCCUGCUGUGACUGAAAAGGAUGAGCCAGCUGCCGUGACUGUAGAGAGUGUGAUGGAUGAGGCCAAUGAGAAGGAUGACAACGAUAUGAAGGAUGAGAAGGAUGAGAAGGAUGAGCCGCUUGCAGUGACUGCAGCCCUUGAACCGUCCACUGUGACUGUAAUGGAUGAGAAGGACGAGCCUGCUGCUGUGACUGUAAGGGAUGAGACGGAUGAGCCGCCUGCAGUGCCUGCAAGCCUUGAGCCCGCCUCUGUGAAUGUACAGGAUGGGACGGACGGGCUGCCUGCUGUGACUGAAAAGGAUGUGCCACCUGCUGUGACUGCAGAGGAUGUGAAGGCUGAGACCAUUGAAAAGGGCGAGCCUCCCGCUGUGUCUGCGGACUGUGAUCCCACUGCUGUGAAGGAUGAAAAGGAUGAAAAGGAUGAGAAGGAUGAGAAGGAUGAAAAGGAUGAGAAGGAUGAAAAGGAUGAGAAGGAUGAGAAGGAUGAAAAGGAUGAAAAGGAUGAGAAGGAUGAGAAGGAUGAGUCACCUGCUGUGACGGAUGAGCGCCCUCCUGUGGCUGUCAAGGAUGUGCCACCUGCAGUGCCUCUAAAGUUUGCACCCUCCCCUGUGGUUGUAAAGGAUGAAGCUGCUGACACCGAUAACACACCUCCACUACCUGCCGCACGUUGCCGGCCAUUUGCCGGGCGGCGCACGGUGGCCCACGGACUCAUAAUCAGAUCGGGCGUCUCAGCAACAAAGAAGGAGAAUCGCAACACUCUAACCACCGGCCAACCGGGCGGCGCACUGUGUCUUAUGCCCCCCCUUGGAGUUCACUCACCUGCCGAACCUUCCAGGCUGCCUGGGCUUUCCGUCGCGGCCCUGGAGGAUCGGAAGGACAAGGGUCGGAAGGAUGACUCACCUGGUGCUUAUGAUGCCCUGCAGCAGCAGCAGACUGCAUCCCCUGUGGUUCUUGCUGCUACCAGGGUUGCACAAGACCCUGGUGUUUCACCUGAGUCUCUGUUGCAACCUGGUGAUUUACCUGAGGGUCAGAUUCGCCAUGAAGAGCAGCCAGGCUGUCAGGAGAUUCCAGCAGAGGCAGCAGCUGAGGGAAGGACCGAUGGCGUGGCAGAAGGGGGUCCUGCCACAUCAGCAGCACCUGAUUCGAUCACACCUGCCAUGUCAGCGGAGCCCGACAAAUCGUCCAUGUCAGCAGAGCUUGGCAUGCCAUCCUCGUCAGCAGACCCAGUCGCUGCUGACAUGCCAGCAGAGCUGGUUGCUGCGUGCCUGGGAGCCAAUCGCGUGCUCCGAUCACGGAAAGCAGCGCCGCCAGCAGCAGCAGCAGCAGCAGCAGCAGGAGGAGGAGGAGCAGCAGAAGCAGGAGGAGCAAGAGGAGUAAAGGCGACUGCAGGAGUGAAGUCAGAAGUAGGAUGCAAGGCAGGAGGAGAUGCAUUGAAGACACCACCACAACGGGGGUUGAAAGCAUCACCACAGGGCCUGACGUGGUCACAUGGAGUGAAGGGGAAUCAAGGCCUUGCUCGAUCACCCGCCCAAGCUAAGUCACAAGGGCGUAAAGGGGUGAGAGGUGUGAGAAAGGGGAGAGAGGGAACGGGGGAGAAGAGUGGAUUGGGGAAGAGAAAGGUUGGGAAGGCUAAGGGGAGAGGGAGGGGUGCUAAGAGGAGGCGAAAGGAUGACGAAAGUGAGGAGGAGGAGAGUGAGGAGGAGGAUGAGGAGGAUAGUGGGCAAGAGAGUGAGGAGGGAGGUGGAAGGGAAGAAACACAAGAGGAGCUCAGGGGGAGAAGGGCGGGAGGGUUGGCAAGGGGGUUGGAUGGAGGAGUGGGGAGGGAGGAGGAGGGAAGAGAGAAGAAGGUGAGGAGAGGGCGUGGUGGUAGCAAGGAGACACGUGAUUGGGAGGAGGAGGAGGAGGGAGAUGAAGGGAACAGGGAGAGUCACGGUGGUAACAAAAAGAUUGUGGGGCAGGAAUUGGGAGAAGGGGGAUUGGUGGGGCCGGAGUAUAUGUGGCGCGAUGGAGGGAAACAGUACCGGAGGAGAAAGCGGAGGUAA